GUGCGCACACAACGUACUUUACUUUGUCUACCACACACUUGGCUGAUCCUCUCAUGUUCUGAAACAUCACUACAGUUUACUGCCAACGGGCAACUUUCUCUUUUCGACGCAUUUUCCGAGCACGUCCAGUCAUGUUUCUCGCUAGACGGUCCAUCGCAAAUACCGCAUUACCGGUCUCGCGGGCCACCGCGACCAUAUCAAGUCUUCGCCGUGCCUCGUCUCUAGCGCUCAUAAGCUCUCCGCACCUCAACAGUCCAUUAUUAUCCCCCUCGAAAGGCGAUCGGUCGCGCACAUCAAGACGUACUUAUGCUCAGCAAGGCGGCAGCGGGGGCGGUGGUGGCUUCCCUGGAUUCUCGCUCGGGCCACAGCACGAGAAGGGGGACGCAUUGAAGGAAUAUAGCGUGGACUUGACGGAGAUGGCCCGUAACGGAAAGCUGGACCCAACAAUUGGACGAGAUGAAGAGAUUCGUCGGACUAUCCAAAUUUUGUCCCGGAGGACAAAAUCUAACCCCGUGCUUAUUGGACCACCGGGCGUGGGUAAGACAGCCAUUCUAGAGGGCCUUGCUAGCAGGAUCGUCGCGAAAGAAGUCCCGGAGUCUCUUCAUAACAAGAGGGUGCUUUCCAUAGACCUGUCCGCGAUCAUGGCUGGCUCAGGUAUAAGAGGCCAAUUCGAGGAGAAGUUCAAGGCGUUGAUCAGAGACAUCGAGGAUGAGGCGGGGAAUGUGAUUUGUUUCAUCGACGAAAUUCAUACGCUCUUCAAUCUCGGCAAAACGGAGGGAAGUAUUGACGCAGGUCAGAUGAUAAAGCCUGCUCUUGCUCGCGGACUGCAGCUGGUGGGCGCUACUACUGUUGAAGAGUAUCGAAAGACGAUAGGGAAAGACGCUGCUCUAGAGCGCCGAUUCCAGCCCGUUCAAAUCGACGAACCAACGGUCGAGUCAACCAUCUCGAUUCUUCGUGGUCUCAAACCACGUUACGAAGUUCAUCAUGGUGUCGAAAUCUCAGACAAUGCUCUAGUAACUGCUGCCGUUUACGGUGCUCGCUACAUAUCCGACCGAUUCCUACCCGACAAAGCCAUCGAUCUCGUGGACGAAGCCGCAUCUGCUCUGCGCCUUGCUCAGGAAUCUAAGCCUGACGAACUCGAAGCUCUCGACCGCGACAUCACAACCCUUCAGAUCGAAUUGGAGAGUUUAAAGAAGGAGACGGAUGUGUUCAGUGUCGAGCGUCGUGCGCGUGUUGAGGAGCAGUUAGCGGAGAAGAAAACGCAGGCGCAGGAGAUGACGGCCAUUUGGCAGAACGAGCGUGCAAGGCUCGACCGUAUCAAAGACCUUAAGAAAAAGCUCGAGGAGGCCAAGCACGACCUUGAGGUGGCACAACGGCAAGGCCAGUACGAGCGCGCGUCGCAGCUACGAUAUGCAACAAUCCCCGACCUCGAGCGACAGCUGCCCAGGGAGACGGGUGAGGGCAAAGACGGCGAGGCUCUCGACGCAGAAGGCCCUCUGCCGAUGCUGCACGACCGCGUGACGAGCAACGAUAUCUCGCGCGUCGUCGCGAAGGCGACGGGUAUCCCGGUGCAGAAUUUGCUCAAGGGAGAUAGGGACAAACUCGUUCAUAUGGAGAGCUCUCUCAAGCAGCGCGUUAUUGGGCAGGACCACGUUAUCUCGGCCAUCAGCGACGCUGUCAGGAUCUCGCGAGCGGGUCUGCAGGCACCGAACAGACCGGUCGCGUCGUUCUUAUUCUUAGGACCUACAGGUGUGGGCAAGACCGAGCUCACCAAGGCACUGGCUGGGUUUCUCUUCAAUGACGAACAGCGUGGGCUUAUUAACAUCAACAUGUCUGAGUACCAUGACCGUCACACCAUCUCGCGCUUGAUUGGUGCUGCACCAGGCUACGUCGGCUUCGAAGAAGGCGGUCAGCUCACGGAAGCCGUAAGACGAAAGCCAUAUGCUGUGAUCUUACUCGACGAGCUGGAAAAGGCGCAUAAGGACGUUGCCAUGAUUCUCUUGCAAAUCCUGGACGAAGGCAGUGUCACGGACAGCCAGGGCCGCAAGGUUGACUUCAAGAACACGAUCAUCUGCCUCACGAGCAACCUGGGAAGCGAUAUCCUCGCCCAUCCCACGUCGUGUACCGCCGAUGGAGUCGUCACAGAUGAAGCGAAGAACCUCGUCAUGGAGCGCACGUCCGAGUACUUCCCACCUGAGCUGCUGAACCGGCUCGAUUCGAUUCUGGUGUUCAACAAGCUUUCGCGGCGCUCUAUCCUUGACGUCGUCGCGUUGCGUCUGAACGACGUGGCGGCACGUCUACGCGACCGCCGCGUCACGCUCGACGUAGACGAUCAGGCGCGCGAAUGGCUUGCAGACCAUGGGUACUCGAACGUGUAUGGGGCGCGGGCGAUCGCGCGAGUCGUGAGGCAGGAGGUGCUGUUUCCUCUCGCACAGAAGCUGUUGAAAGGGACUAUCAGGGAUGGAGAUACUGUGGUCGUUCGUGUUGACGCCGAGAAGAACGUUUUGGACAUUCGGGACAACCAUCCUUUGGACCCCGAUUCUGCGACCUCCGAGGCGUCAGUCAUAUCAUGAAGUCGUUUAAGCGCCCCGCCUAUUAGCUAUAGAUCAAUUGUACACGUACUCGCAUACUAAUUUCGGAUAGUCCAAUAGGGUCAUCUCCACCGCUCAGUCAUGUAGCAUAACCAGCAUUCGUCAUUUACACAAUAUGAUACUAAUCCCUG